AUGACGGCUUCUGUUUCCAGGUCCCCAGUUCUCAGUCUGCACUUUUCCCAGGACGCCAGUGUAAGCUCCAUCUCCAGGCCAAAACCCAUUCCCAAGAAGAAACCAGCUCUUUUGCUCAAGCGACGAGACUCCUUGAGAACAAACAGCGAUAUUGCCAGGAAAACAGAAGAGUUGAAUGAGCCGAACGAGUCAAAGCAGCUGGAUAAGUUAAGAGAGUUGGAAGUAAAGGGAGCCAAACCUGAAAUCAAACCCAAACCUAGGUUAAUACUUAAACCCAAGCCAAAGCCAGCAGUGAUCUUAAAGAGAUCAACUAUUGUUUUUCCCUCAAGCAACAGUGAUAGGGGUAGUUCACAUCUACAUUUGAAAACAGAUAUAGAAACCAAAAUCACUGACGAUGAGAUUAAUAAAGAUAGCAGUAACAUACAAGAAUAUGUUAAAUUAAGAGAAUCACUAUUUUCCUCUGAGAAUAUGAAAAAUUUGCAGUCAAAUUCAAAUAAAAUUAUUACGGAGAUUAAAAUGACCAAGAUUCCUGAUAUCAAACCAAAGCCAAAGCCAAAGCCAAUGCCAAUGCCAAAACUAAAACUAAAGCCAAAACCAUUAAUUAAACCAAAACCACAAUUGAAAAAGAUUGAUAAUAUUAUCAAAGAUGAUAUCCAGAAUGACAUAGAUACCGAAGAUGAAUACAACCCAUUUGAACCAAAUAAAAUCGUUGUCAAUGAAAAAUUUCUUCAAAAACCUAUUAUAAAGUUAAAGCCAAAGAUUAUGAUUAAGACUAAGCCAAAACUAAUAUUAAAAGACCCAAUCAAUAAAGUUGAUAAAAAACAAGAACAAAAGAAUGAUGAUGAUGAUUAUAAUCCUUUCAGUAAUAUGGAUAGUGAUGACGAAAAUUAUAAUAAUGAUAAUGAUAAUGAUGAUGAUAAUGAUAAAAAUAGUAAUGAAGACAAUAUUUUCAUUAAUUCAAAACCACUGAUUAAAGGUAAACCUCAAAUUAAAACCAACCCCCCAAUUAAUUUACUAAAUAAACCUUUAGUCAAACCCAAGCCAGAUUUAUUUAAAAAAAAUGAAAAUUCAAUAAAUUCCAGCAAAAAUAUUACUAUUAGAAGAAGUUCAUUUGAAAUAAAACCUUUCGAUUUAAAGAACAAUGUUUCAAAUAAAUUUAAAAGAUAUUCAUCUAUCAAUAUAAUUUCAAAUUCAAAUUCAAAUAAAUUCAUUAAAAAUUUUGAUAUUGAAAAAAACUUCAACUUUUUAAACAAAAAAUCAUUUGAGCCUUUAAUACCCAAAUUUGAAAAUAAACCCAAUUCAUCUAGUGGUUUUAAAAUUUCCAAAGAAGAACUACAAAAUUAUGAGAGAGACAAUAAUAAUAACAAUAAUAACAAUAACAAUAAUAAUAAUAAUAAUAAUAAUAAUAAUAAUAAUAAUAAUAAUAAUAAUAAUAAUAAUAAUAAUAAUAACACAAUAAAUUUUGAAAUAAAAAAAAAAAAAAUUGUUCCACCAAUGUCCCAACAAGGACCAGUUAGAUUACCAUUUAUGGUUGGUUCCAAUUCAACUUUUUCAAAAUCUCAACCUUCUUUACAAAGUGAAAAUCUUUCAAUCAAUGAAUCGAACAAUAAUCUUAUAAAUUCUCAACCGGUGUCAAUGCCACCACGAUCUAAGACAUUCGAUUCAUCUGAGUUAUCUACUGAAAAGAAAUUAACACACCCUAACAAAUCUCGAACAAAAGGUCCAAAGCGUCGUUUGCCAAAGAUACUAGGAUGA